AUGAAGCAGAAUUUGCUAAGUGGAGCAGCAGUUGAGAAACGAACUAGUGAUCCCGGCAACUUUACUGGAAUAGGUGGAGUAAGGUUGAGGAAUGGUAGUGAAGUGACAUUUAAGGUAGCUGUACCACAGAGAACAAUUCGAUAUGAUCUGUUAGUUCGUUAUGAGACUUCGCAUGUGUGGAAUGAUCUAAGGAUUUCUGUUGAUCGAUCUGAGGAUGGUCAAAGUGUGGUAUCAGAGUAUUAUAAGUUGGGACCCGAGGAUGGUGAAACUGAGGCAUCGGGGUAUUAUACGUUGGAACCCAAUCUGUUGGUUAUACCAUUGGGAAUUCGGCUUGCUGGAUCUGAGUUACAUGUGAACAUCGUUGCCAACACUUCCUUACUUGACGGAACAACGUUUAUCGACUCGGUCUUGCUGAUGCCAGAAGAAGAGGACCUGCCGGAAUUUCAAGCAUUGGAUGCUCAUAACCAGAGUGUGUUUCUUGAUACUUGCUACGACGUGAGGAAGAGUGUGUUAACAGCAUUUAAGUAUACAAUCGACGAUCAAUGCAGAAAGCAGACGACCCUUAUCAAUGCUGCUCUCUUUAAUGGCACACUCGAUUGUGACUGUAACGUAACAGGAACAGUGAAUGAUAGCAAAGAAUGUUUAACACUUGGUGGACAGUGUUUAUGUGCAUCUAAAAUCAUCACUCGAACGUGUUCAGCGUGUGAUUACACAUAUUUUGGAUUUGAUGGUGAUGGUUGCGAAGCUUGUUUGUGCAAUGAAUCCGGCUCUGAUCCAUCCGCUGGGGAGAGUUGCAAUGCUACAACAGGACAGUGCACGUGCAAAGAGAACGUAGAGGGUGUGAAAUGUACAAGUUGUAAGACAUCGUUUUUCAAUCUGCAAGCAUCCAAUCCUACCGGCUGUGAAGCUUGCAAUUGCAAUUCCGAUGGAUCCACGGCGUUGUCAAAGGGGGCAUGUGAUGAUACCGGUCAGUGUGUUUGCAAAGAAGGUGUGACUGGUCUGAAGUGUUCUGUUUGUGAGGAUGGAUUGUAUAUGACGUCUUCUGAUGCUGGCAGUUGUCGUCCAUGUGGUUGUUCGCCGUCGUCUUCGGUUUCACUGACGUGUGAUAAGUCUUCAGGCCAAUGUCAUUGUAAAUCUGGUCUAACUGGACGUAUCUGUGACAUCAUUGAAGAUUUUCACUGGCUACCGUUUUUGGAGGGUCUCAUUUAUGAAGCAGAAUUUGCUAGUCUUGGCAGUGGAGCAGCAGUUGAGAAACGAACUAGUGAUCCCGGCAACUUUACUGGAAUAGGUGGAGUAAGGUUGAUAGAUGGUAAUCAAGUUACGUUUAAUGUAACAGUACCACAGAGAACGAUUCAAUAUGAUCUGGUAGUUCGUUAUCGGUCUUACUUUGAUGGUUGGGGUGAAAUACAGCUGAAUGUGUAUCGAUCUGAGGAUGGUCAACUUGUGAUGUCAGAUUUCCAUUAUUUGUCUUCAGAGAACAAUCUGUUGGUUGUACCACUGGGAACUCAGCUUGCUGGAUCUGAUUUGUAUGUGAACAUUAUAGCCUACACGUACUUUUAUAGUGAAGCAAUCUUUGUGGACUCGAUCUUGCUGAUGCCAAAAGCACAAGACCUGCCAGAAUAUCAAGCACUAGAUGCUCAUAACCAGAGUGUGUUUCUUGAUACUUGCUAUGAUGUUAGAAGAAGUGUGUCAACGGUAUUUAGUUAUGCAAUUGAUGAACAAUGUAGAAAACAGACAAUCCUUAUCAAUGCUGCUCUCUUUAAUGGAACACUUGAUUGUGACUGUAACGUAACAGGAACAGUGAAUGAUAGCAAAGAAUGUUUAACACUUGGUGGACAGUGUUUAUGUGCAUCUAAUGUCAUCACUCGAACAUGUUCAGCGUGUGAUUACACAUAUUUUGGUUUUGAUGGUGAUGGUUGCGAAGCUUGUGUGUGUGAUGUGAUUGGAUCAAAGUCAGUUCAAUGUAAUGAGACCGGGUACUGUGACUGCAAGGGCAAUGCAGCGGGACAAAGAUGUGAUGUAUGUAAACCAUCACAUUUUAACUUUAAUGUGGAGAACCCUGAUGUCUGUCAAGCUUGUUUGUGCAAUGAAUCUGGAUCUGCUUCAUCAGCUGGGGGGAGUUGCAAUGCUACAACAGGACAGUGCAUUUGUAAAGAGAACGUAGAGGGUGUGAAUUGUACAAGUUGUAAGACAUCGUUUUUCAAUCUGCAAUUAUCCAAUCCUACCGGCUGUGAAGGUGUGUACGUGUGGAAUGAAAGAUCUUGCAAUUGCAAUUCCAAUGGAUCCACGGCGUUGUCAAAGGGGGCAUGUGAUGCUACUGGUCAGUGUGUUUGCAAAGAAGGUGUGACUGGUCUGAAGUGUUCUGUUUGUGAGGAUGGCUCUUAUCUGAUGUCUUCUAAUGAUGCUGGCAGUUGUCAUUCAUGUGGAUGUGCACUGUCAUCUUCAGUUUCACUGACAUGUGAUAAGUCUUCAGGCCAGUGUGUUUGUAAAUCUGGUCUGACUGGACGUACUUGUGACAUCAUUGAAGAUUUUCACUGGCUGCCGUUCUUGGAGGGUGUCAUUUAUGAAGCAGAAUUUGCUAGUCUUAGCAGUGGAGCAGCAGUUGAGAAACGAACCAGUGAUCCUAGCAACUUUACUGGAAUAGGUGGAGUAAGGUUGAUGAAUGGUAGUGAAGUGACAUUUAAGGUAGCUGUACCACAGAGAACUAUUCGAUAUGAUCUGUUAGUUCGUUAUGAGACAUCCCAUUUGUGGAAUGACGUAAAGAUUUCUGUUCAUCGAUCUGAGGAUGGUCAAAGUGUGGUAUCAAAGUAUUAUAAGUUGGGACCCGAGGAUGGUGAAACUGAGGCAUCGGGAUAUUAUACGUUGGAACUCAAUCUGUUGGUUGUACCAUUGGGAUCUCAGCUUGCUGAAUCUGAGUUACAUGUCAACAUCAUUGCCAACACUUACUUACUAGACGGGACAACAUUUAUUGACUCGGUCUUGCUGAUGCCGGAAGAAGAGGACCUGCCUGAAUUUCAAGCAUUAAGUGCUCAUAACCAGAGUGUGUUUCUUGGUACUUGCUAUGACAUGAGGAAAAGUUUGUCAACAGCAUUUAAUUAUGCAAUUGACGAACAAUGUAGAAAGCAGACAAUUCUCAUCAAUGCUGCUCUCUUUAAUGGAACGCUUGAUUGUGGCUGUACUGUAACAGGAACAGUGAAUGAUAGCAAAGAAUGUUUAACGCUUGGUGGACAGUGUUUAUGUGCAUCUAAUGUCAUCACUCGAACAUGUUCAGUGUGUGAUUACACAUAUUUUGGAUUUGAUGGCGAUGGUUGUGAAGCUUGUGUGUGUGAUGUGAUUGGAUCAAAGUCAGUUCAAUGCAAUGAGACCGGGUACUGUGACUGCAAGGGCAAUGCAGCGGGACAAAGAUGUGAUGUAUGUAAACCAUCACAUUUUAACUUCAAUGUGGAGAACCCUGAUGUCUGUCAAGCUUGUUUGUGCAAUGAAUCUGGCUCUGAUCCAUCCGCUGGGGAGAGUUGCAAUGCUACAACAGGACAGUGCACGUGUAAAGAGAACGUAGAGGGUGUGAAAUGUGCAAGUUGUAAGACAUCAUUUUUCAAUCUGCAAUCAUCCAAUCCUACCGGCUGUGAAGCUUGCAAUUGCAAUUCCAAUGGAUCCACGGCAUUGUCAAAGGGGGCAUGUGAUGCUACCGGUCAGUGUGUUUGCAAAGAAGGUGUGACGGGUGUGAAGUGUUCUGUUUGUGAGGAUGGCUUCUACAUUUUGUUUCCUGAUGAUGCUAGCAGUUGUCAGUCGUGUGGUUGUUCUCUGUCAUCUUCAGUUUCAUGGACGUGUGAUAAGAUCUCAGGACAAUGUACUUGUAAAUCUGGUCUGACUGGACGAACUUGUGACAUCAUUGAAGACUUUCACUGGCUCCCCUUUUUGGAGGGUCUCAUUUACGAAGCAGAAUUUGCUGUUCUUAGUGCUGGAGCAACAGUUGAGAAACAAAUUGGGGAUUCUCGCAACUUCACCGGAAUAGGUGGAGUAAGAUUGAUGGAUGGUCAUCAAGUUACAUUUAAUGUAACUGUACCACAGAGAACGAUUCAGUAUGAUCUGGUAGUUCGUUAUCGGUCUGAUGUUUGGGGUGAAAUACUGCUGAAUGUGUAUCGAUCUGAGGAUGGUCAACUUGUGAUAUCAAAUUUCUAUUACGUGUAUUCAGAGAACGAUCUGUUGGUUGUAUCACUGGGAACUCGGCUUGCUGGAUCUGAGUUAUAUGUGAACAUUAUGGCCUCCAUGUACUUUUAUUAUGGUGAUGCAAUCUUUGUGGACUCGGUCUUGCUGAUGCCGAAAGCACAGGACCUGCCAGAAUAUCGAGCACUAGAUGCUCAUAACCAGAGUGUGUUUCUUGAUACUUGCUACGAUGUUAGAAAAAGUGUGUCAACGGCAUUUGGGUAUGCAAUUGAUGAACAAUGUAGAAAACAGACAAUCCUUAUCAAUGCUGCUCUCUUUAAUGGAACACUUGAUUGUGACUGUAACGUAACAGGAACAGUGAAUGAUAGCAAAGAAUGUUUAACACUUGGUGGACAGUGUUUAUGUGCAUCUAAUAUCAUCACUCGAACAUGUUCAGCGUGUGAUUACACAUAUUUUGGAUUUGAUGGUGAUGGUUGUGAAGCUUGUGUGUGUGAUGUGGUCGGAUCAAAGUCAGUCCAAUGCAAUGAGACCGGGUACUGUGACUGCAAGGGCAAUGCAGUGGGCCAAAGUUGUGAUGUAUGUAAACCAUCAUAUUUUAACUUUAGUGUGGAGAAUCCUGAUGUCUGUCAAGCUUGUUUGUGCAAUGAAUCUGGAUCUGAUGUAUCAGCUCGGGGGAGUUGCAAUGCUACAGCAGGACAGUGCAUGUGUAAAGAGAACGUAGAGGGUGUAAAAUGUACGAGUUGUAAGACAUCGUUUUUCAAUCUACAAUUAUCCAAUCCUACUGGCUGUGAAGCUUGCAAUUGCAGUUCCAAUGGAUCCACAGCGUUGUCAAUGGGGGCAUGUGAUGCUACUGGUCAGUGUGUUUGCAAAGAAGGUGUGACUGGUCUGAAGUGUUCUGUUUGUGAGGAUGGAUUGUAUAUGAUGCCUUCUGAUGAUGCUGGCAGUUGUCAUCCAUGUGGUUGUUCACUGUCAUCGUCGGUUUCACUGACAUGUGAUAAGUCUUCAGGCCAAUGUCAUUGUAAAUCUGGUCUAACUGGACGUACUUGUGACAUCAUUGAAGAUUUUCACUGGCUACCGUUUUUGGAGGGUCUCAUUUAUGAAGCAGAAUUUGCUAGUCUUAGCAGUGGAGCAACAGUCAAGAAACGCACUAGUGAUCCUGGCAACUUUACUGGAAUAGGUGGAGUAAGGUUGAUGAAUGGUAGUGAAGUGACAUUUAAGGUAGCUGUACCACAGAGAACAAUUCGAUAUGAUCUGUUAGUUCGUUAUGAGACUUCGCAUGUGUGGAAUGAUCUAAGGAUUUCUGUUCAUCGAUCUGAGGAUGGUCAAAGUGUGGUAUCAAAGUAUUAUAAGUUGGGACCGGAGGACGGUGAAACUGAGGCAUCGGGGUAUUAUACGUUGGAACCCAAUCUGUUGGUUGUACCAUUGGGAUCUCAGCUUGCUGAAUCUGAGUUACAUGUCAACAUCAUUGCCAACACUUACUUACUUGACGGAACAACGUUUAUUGACUCGGUCUUGCUGAUGCCAGAAGAAGAGGACCUGCCUGAAUUUCAAGCAUUAAGUGCUCAUAACCAGAGUGUGUUUCUUAGUAAUUGCUAUGACGUGAGGAAGAGUGUGUCAACAGCAUUUAAUUAUGCAAUUGACGAACAAUGUAGAAAGCAGACAAUUCUUAUCAAUGCUGCUCUCUUUAAUGGAACAGUUGAUUGUGACUGUACAGUAACAGGAACAGUGAAUAAUAGCAGAGAAUGUUUAACACUUGGUGGACAGUGUUUAUGUGCAUCUAAUAUCAUCACUCGAACAUGUUCAGCGUGUGAUUACACAUAUUUUGGAUUUGAUGGUGAUGGAUGUGAAGCUUGUGUGUGUGAUGUGAUUGGAUCAAUGUCAGUUCAAUGCAAUGAGAGUGGGUACUGUGACUGCAAGGGCAAUGCAGUGGGACAAAGAUGUGAUGUAUGUAAACCAUCACAUUUUAACUUUAACUUGGAGAAUCCUGAUGUCUGUCAAGCUUGUUUGUGCAAUGAAUCUGGCUCUGAUCCAUCCGCUGGGGAGAGUUGCAAUGCUACAACAGGACAGUGCACGUGCAAAGAGAACGUAGAGGGUGUGAAAUGUACAAGUUGUAAGACAUCGUUUUUCAAUCUGCAAGCAUCCAAUCCUACCGGCUGUGAAGCUUGCAAUUGCAAUUCCGAUGGAUCCACGGCGUUGUCAAAGGGGGCAUGUGAUGAUACCGGUCAGUGUGUUUGCAAAGAGGGUGUGACUGGUCUGAAGUGUUCUGUUUGUGAGGAUGGAUUGUAUAUGACGUCUUCUGAUGCUGGCAGUUGUCGUCCAUGUGGUUGUUCGCCGUCGUCUUCGGUUUCACUGACGUGUGAUAAGUCUUCAGGCCAAUGUCAUUGUAAAUCUGGUCUAACUGGACGUAUCUGUGACAUCAUUGAAGAUUUUCACUGGCUACCGUUUUUGGAGGGUCUCAUUUAUGAAGCAGAAUUUGCUAGUCUUAGCAGUGGAGCAGCAGUUGAGAAACGAACUAGUGAUCCCGGCAACUUUACUGGAAUAGGUGGAGUAAGGUUGAGGAAUGGUAGUGAAGUGACAUUUAAGGUAGCUGUACCACAGAGAACAAUUCGAUAUGAUCUGUUAGUUCGUUAUGAGACUUCGCAUGUGUGGAAUGAUCUAAGGAUUUCUGUUGAUCGAUCUGAGGAUGGUCAAAGUGUGGUAUCAGAGUAUUAUAAGUUGGGACCCGAGGAUGGUGAAACUGAGGCAUCGGGGUAUUAUACGUUGGAACCCAAUCUGUUGGUUAUACCAUUGGGAAUUCGGCUUGCUGGAUCUGAGUUACAUGUGAACAUCGUUGCCAACACUUCCUUACUUGACGGAACAACGUUUAUCGACUCGGUCUUGCUGAUGCCAGAAGAAGAGGACCUGCCGGAAUUUCAAGCAUUGGAUGCUCAUAACCAGAGUGUGUUUCUUGAUACUUGCUACGACGUGAGGAAGAGUGUGUUAACAGCAUUUAAGUAUACAAUCGACGAUCAAUGCAGAAAGCAGACGACCCUUAUCAAUGCUGCUCUCUUUAAUGGCACACUCGAUUGUGACUGUAACGUAACAGGAACAGUGAAUGAUAGCAAAGAAUGUUUAACACUUGGUGGACAGUGUUUAUGUGCAUCUAAAAUCAUCACUCGAACGUGUUCAGCGUGUGAUUACACAUAUUUUGGAUUUGAUGGUGAUGGUUGCGAAGCUUGUUUGUGCAAUGAAUCCGGCUCUGAUCCAUCCGCUGGGGAGAGUUGCAAUGCUACAACAGGACAGUGCACGUGCAAAGAGAACGUAGAGGGUGUGAAAUGUACAAGUUGUAAGACAUCGUUUUUCAAUCUGCAAGCAUCCAAUCCUACCGGCUGUGAAGCUUGCAAUUGCAAUUCCGAUGGAUCCACGGCGUUGUCAAAGGGGGCAUGUGAUGAUACCGGUCAGUGUGUUUGCAAAGAAGGUGUGACUGGUCUGAAGUGUUCUGUUUGUGAGGAUGGAUUGUAUAUGACGUCUUCUGAUGCUGGCAGUUGUCGUCCAUGUGGUUGUUCGCCGUCGUCUUCGGUUUCACUGACGUGUGAUAAGUCUUCAGGCCAAUGUCAUUGUAAAUCUGGUCUAACUGGACGUAUCUGUGACAUCAUUGAAGAUUUUCACUGGCUACCGUUUUUGGAGGGUCUCAUUUAUGAAGCAGAAUUUGCUAGUCUUGGCAGUGGAGCAGCAGUUGAGAAACGAACUAGUGAUCCCGGCAACUUUACUGGAAUAGGUGGAGUAAGGUUGAUAGAUGGUAAUCAAGUUACGUUUAAUGUAACAGUACCACAGAGAACGAUUCAAUAUGAUCUGGUAGUUCGUUAUCGGUCUUACUUUGAUGGUUGGGGUGAAAUACAGCUGAAUGUGUAUCGAUCUGAGGAUGGUCAACUUGUGAUGUCAGAUUUCCAUUAUUUGUCUUCAGAGAACAAUCUGUUGGUUGUACCACUGGGAACUCAGCUUGCUGGAUCUGAUUUGUAUGUGAACAUUAUAGCCUACACGUACUUUUAUAGUGAAGCAAUCUUUGUGGACUCGAUCUUGCUGAUGCCAAAAGCACAAGACCUGCCAGAAUAUCAAGCACUAGAUGCUCAUAACCAGAGUGUGUUUCUUGAUACUUGCUAUGAUGUUAGAAGAAGUGUGUCAACGGUAUUUAGUUAUGCAAUUGAUGAACAAUGUAGAAAACAGACAAUCCUUAUCAAUGCUGCUCUCUUUAAUGGAACACUUGAUUGUGACUGUAACGUAACAGGAACAGUGAAUGAUAGCAAAGAAUGUUUAACACUUGGUGGACAGUGUUUAUGUGCAUCUAAUGUCAUCACUCGAACAUGUUCAGCGUGUGAUUACACAUAUUUUGGUUUUGAUGGUGAUGGUUGCGAAGCUUGUGUGUGUGAUGUGAUUGGAUCAAAGUCAGUUCAAUGUAAUGAGACCGGGUACUGUGACUGCAAGGGCAAUGCAGCGGGACAAAGAUGUGAUGUAUGUAAACCAUCACAUUUUAACUUUAAUGUGGAGAACCCUGAUGUCUGUCAAGCUUGUUUGUGCAAUGAAUCUGGAUCUGCUUCAUCAGCUGGGGGGAGUUGCAAUGCUACAACAGGACAGUGCAUUUGUAAAGAGAACGUAGAGGGUGUGAAUUGUACAAGUUGUAAGACAUCGUUUUUCAAUCUGCAAUUAUCCAAUCCUACCGGCUGUGAAGCUUGCAAUUGCAAUUCCAAUGGAUCCACGGCGUUGUCAAUGGGGGCAUGUGAUGCUACUGGUCAGUGUGUUUGCAAAGAAGGUGUGACUGGUCUGAAGUGUUCUGUUUGUGAGGAUGGCUCUUAUCUGAUGUCUUCUAAUGAUGCUGGCAGUUGUCAUUCAUGUGGAUGUGCACUGUCAUCUUCAGUUUCACUGACAUGUGAUAAGUCUUCAGGCCAGUGUGUUUGUAAAUCUGGUCUGACUGGACGUACUUGUGACAUCAUUGAAGAUUUUCACUGGCUGCCGUUCUUGGAGGGUGUCAUUUAUGAAGCAGAAUUUGCUAGUCUUAGCAGUGGAGCAGCAGUUGAGAAACGAACCAGUGAUCCUAGCAACUUUACUGGAAUAGGUGGAGUAAGGUUGAUGAAUGGUAGUGAAGUGACAUUUAAGGUAGCUGUACCACAGAGAACUAUUCGAUAUGAUCUGUUAGUUCGUUAUGAGACAUCCCAUUUGUGGAAUGACGUAAAGAUUUCUGUUCAUCGAUCUGAGGAUGGUCAAAGUGUGGUAUCAAAGUAUUAUAAGUUGGGACCCGAGGAUGGUGAAACUGAGGCAUCGGGAUAUUAUACGUUGGAACUCAAUCUGUUGGUUGUACCAUUGGGAUCUCAGCUUGCUGAAUCUGAGUUACAUGUCAACAUCAUUGCCAACACUUACUUACUAGACGGGACAACAUUUAUUGACUCGGUCUUGCUGAUGCCGGAAGAAGAGGACCUGCCUGAAUUUCAAGCAUUAAGUGCUCAUAACCAGAGUGUGUUUCUUGGUACUUGCUAUGACAUGAGGAAAAGUUUGUCAACAGCAUUUAAUUAUGCAAUUGACGAACAAUGUAGAAAGCAGACAAUUCUCAUCAAUGCUGCUCUCUUUAAUGGAACGCUUGAUUGUGGCUGUACUGUAACAGGAACAGUGAAUGAUAGCAAAGAAUGUUUAACGCUUGGUGGACAGUGUUUAUGUGCAUCUAAAAUCAUCACUCGAACGUGUUCAGCGUGUGAUUACACAUAUUUUGGAUUUGAUGGUGAUGGUUGCGAAGCUUGUGUGUGUGAUGUGAUUGGAUCAAAGUCAGUUCAAUGUAAUGAGACCGGGUACUGUGACUGCAAGGGCAAUGCAGCGGGACAAAGAUGUGAUGUAUGUAAACCAUCACAUUUCAACUUUAGUGUGGAGAACCCUGAUGUCUGUCAAGCUUGUUUGUGCAAUGAAUCUGGCUCUGAUCCAUCCGCUGGGGAGAGUUGCAAUGCUACAACAGGACAGUGCACGUGCAAAGAGAACGUAGAGGGUGUGAAAUGUACAAGUUGUAAGACAUCGUUUUUCAAUCUGCAAGCAUCCAAUCCUACCGGCUGUGAAGCUUGCAAUUGCAAUUCCGAUGGAUCCACGGCGUUGUCAAAGGGGGCAUGUGAUGAUACCGGUCAGUGUGUUUGCAAAGAGGGUGUGACUGGUCUGAAGUGUUCUGUUUGUGAGGAUGGAUUGUAUAUGACGUCUUCUGAUGCUGGCAGUUGUCGUCCAUGUGGUUGUUCGCUGUCGUCUUCGGUUUCACUGACGUGUGAUAAGUCUUCAGGCCAAUGUCAUUGUAAAUCUGGUCUAACUGGACGUAUCUGUGACAUCAUUGAAGAUUUUCACUGGCUACCGUUUUUGGAGGGUCUCAUUUAUGAAGCAGAAUUUGCUAGUCUUAGCAGUGGAGCAGCAGUUGAGAAACGAACUAGUGAUCUCGGCAACUUUACUGGAAUAGGUGGAGUAAGGUUGAGGAAUGGUAGUGAAGUGACAUUUAAGGUAGCUGUACCACAGAGAACAAUUCGAUAUGAUCUGUUAGUUCGUUAUGAGACUUCGCAUGUGUGGAAUGAUCUAAGGAUUUCUGUUGAUCGAUCUGAGGAUGGUCAAAGUGUGGUAUCAGAGUAUUAUAAGUUGGGACCCGAGGAUGGUGAAACUGAGGCAUCGGGGUAUUAUACGUUGGAACCCAAUCUGUUGGUUAUACCAUUGGGAAUUCGGCUUGCUGGAUCUGAGGUACAUGUGAACAUCGUUGCCAACACUUCCUUACUUGACGGAACUACGUUUAUCGACUCGGUCUUGCUGAUGCCAGAAGAAGAGGACCUGCCGGAAUUUCAAGCAUUGGAUGCUCAUAACCAGAGUGUGUUUCUUGAUACUUGCUACGACGUGAGGAAGAGUGUGUUAACAGCAUUUAAUUAUACAAUCGACGAUCAAUGCAGAAAGCAGACGACCCUUAUCAAUGCUGCUCUCUUUAAUGGCACACUCGAUUGUGACUGUAACGUAACAGGAACAGUGAAUGAUAGCAAAGAAUGUUUAACACUUGGUGGACAGUGUUUAUGUGCAUCUAAAAUCAUCACUCGAACGUGUUCAGCGUGUGAUUACACAUAUUUUGGAUUUGAUGGUGAUGGUUGCGAAGCUUGUUUGUGCAAUGAAUCUGGCUCUGAUCCAUCCGCUGGGGAGAGUUGCAAUGCUACAACAGGACAGUGCACGUGUAAAGAGAACGUAGAGGGUGUGAAAUGUACAAGUUGUAAGACAUCAUUUUUCAAUCUGCAAUCAUCCAAUCCUACCGGCUGUGAAGGCUUUUUUCUAACUGGUGUAGCUUGCAAUUGCAAUUCCAAUGGAUCCACAGCGUUGUCAAUGGGGGCAUGUGAUGCUACUGGUCAGUGUGUUUGCAAAGAAGGUGUGACUGGUCUGAAGUGUUCUGUUUGUGAGGAUGGAUUGUAUAUGAUGCCUUCUGAUGAUGCUGGCAGUUGUCAUCCAUGUGGUUGUUCACUGUCAUCUUCGGUUUCACUGACAUGUGAUAAGUCUUCAGGCCAAUGUCAUUGUAAAUCUGGUCUAACUGGACGUACUUGUGACAUCAUUGAAGAUUUUCACUGGCUACCGUUUUUGGAGGGUCUCAUUUAUGAAGCAGAAUUUGCUAGUCUUAGCAGUGGAGCAACAGUCAAGAAACGCACUAGUGAUCCUGGCAACUUUACUGGAAUAGGUGGAGUAAGGUUGAUGAAUGGUAGUGAAGUGACAUUUAAGGUAGCUGUACCACAGAGAACAAUUCGAUAUGAUCUGUUAGUUCGUUAUGAGACUUCGCAUGUGUGGAAUGAUCUAAGGAUUUCUGUUCAUCGAUCUGAGGAUGGUCAAAGUGUGGUAUCAAAGUAUUAUAAGUUGGGACCGGAGGACGGUGAAACUGAGGCAUCGGGGUAUUAUACGUUGGAACCCAAUCUGUUGGUUGUACCAUUGGGAUCUCAGCUUGCUGAAUCUGAGUUACAUGUCAACAUCAUUGCCAACACUUACUUACUUGACGGAACAACGUUUAUUGACUCGGUCUUGCUGAUGCCAGAAGAAGAGGACCUGCCUGAAUUUCAAGCAUUAAGUGCUCAUAACCAGAGUGUGUUUCUUAGUAAUUGCUAUGACGUGAGGAAGAGUGUGUCAACAGCAUUUAAUUAUGCAAUUGACGAACAAUGUAGAAAGCAGACAAUUCUUAUCAAUGCUGCUCUCUUUAAUGGAACAGUUGAUUGUGACUGUACAGUAACAGGAACAGUGAAUAAUAGCAGAGAAUGUUUAACACUUGGUGGACAGUGUUUAUGUGCAUCUAAUAUCAUCACUCGAACAUGUUCAGCGUGUGAUUACACAUAUUUUGGAUUUGAUGGUGAUGGAUGUGAAGCUUGUGUGUGUGAUGUGAUUGGAUCAAUGUCAGUUCAAUGCAAUGAGAGUGGGUACUGUGACUGCAAGGGCAAUGCAGUGGGACAAAGAUGUGAUGUAUGUAAACCAUCGUAUUUUAACUUUAACUUGGAGAAUCCUGAUGCCUGCCAAGCUUGUUUGUGCAAUGAAUCUGGCUCUGAUCCAUCCGCUGGGGAGAGUUGCAAUGCUACAACAGGACAGUGCACGUGCAAAGAGAACGUAGAGGGUGUGAAAUGUACAAGUUGUAAGACAUCGUUUUUCAAUCUGCAAGCAUCCAAUCCUACCGGCUGUGAAGCUUGCAAUUGCAAUUCCGAUGGAUCCACGGCGUUGUCAAAGGGGGCAUGUGAUGAUACCGGUCAGUGUGUUUGCAAAGAAGGUGUGACUGGUCUGAAGUGUUCUGUUUGUGAGGAUGGAUUGUAUAUGACGUCUUCUGAUGCUGGCAGUUGUCGUCCAUGUGGUUGUUCGCCGUCGUCUUCGGUUUCACUGACGUGUGAUAAGUCUUCAGGCCAAUGUCAUUGUAAAUCUGGUCUAACUGGACGUAUCUGUGACAUCAUUGAAGAUUUUCACUGGCUACCGUUUUUGGAGGGUCUCAUUUAUGAAGCAGAAUUUGCUAGUCUUGGCAGUGGAGCAGCAGUUGAGAAACGAACUAGUGAUCCCGGCAACUUUACUGGAAUAGGUGGAGUAAGGUUGAUAGAUGGUAAUCAAGUUACGUUUAAUGUAACAGUACCACAGAGAACGAUUCAAUAUGAUCUGGUAGUUCGUUAUCGGUCUUACUUUGAUGGUUGGGGUGAAAUACAGCUGAAUGUGUAUCGAUCUGAGGAUGGUCAACUUGUGAUGUCAGAUUUCCAUUAUUUGUCUUCAGAGAACAAUCUGUUGGUUGUACCACUGGGAACUCAGCUUGCUGGAUCUGAUUUGUAUGUGAACAUUAUAGCCUACACGUACUUUUAUAGUGAAGCAAUCUUUGUGGACUCGAUCUUGCUGAUGCCAAAAGCACAAGACCUGCCAGAAUAUCAAGCACUAGAUGCUCAUAACCAGAGUGUGUUUCUUGAUACUUGCUAUGAUGUUAGAAGAAGUGUGUCAACGGUAUUUAGUUAUGCAAUUGAUGAACAAUGUAGAAAACAGACAAUCCUUAUCAAUGCUGCUCUCUUUAAUGGAACACUUGAUUGUGACUGUAACGUAACAGGAACAGUGAAUGAUAGCAAAGAAUGUUUAACACUUGGUGGACAGUGUUUAUGUGCAUCUAAUGUCAUCACUCGAACAUGUUCAGCGUGUGAUUACACAUAUUUUGGUUUUGAUGGUGAUGGUUGCGAAGCUUGUGUGUGUGAUGUGAUUGGAUCAAAGUCAGUUCAAUGUAAUGAGACCGGGUACUGUGACUGCAAGGGCAAUGCAGCGGGACAAAGAUGUGAUGUAUGUAAACCAUCACAUUUUAACUUUAAUGUGGAGAACCCUGAUGUCUGUCAAGCUUGUUUGUGCAAUGAAUCUGGAUCUGCUUCAUCAGCUGGGGGGAGUUGCAAUGCUGCAACAGGACAGUGCAUUUGUAAAGAGAACGUAGAGGGUGUGAAUUGUACAAGUUGUAAGACAUCAUUUUUCAAUCUGCAAUUAUCCAAUCCUACCGGCUGUGAAGGUGUGUACGUGUGGAAUGAAAGAUCUUGCAAUUGCAAUUCCAAUGGAUCCACGGCGUUGUCAAAGGGGGCAUGUGAUGCUACUGGUCAGUGUGUUUGCAAAGAAGGUGUGACUGGUCUGAAGUGUUCUGUUUGUGAGGAUGGCUCUUAUCUGAUGUCUUCUAAUGAUGCUGGCAGUUGUCAUUCAUGUGGAUGUGCACUGUCAUCUUCAGUUUCACUGACAUGUGAUAAGUCUUCAGGCCAGUGUGUUUGUAAAUCUGGUCUGACUGGACGUACUUGUGACAUCAUUGAAGAUUUUCACUGGCUGCCGUUCUUGGAGGGUGUCAUUUAUGAAGCAGAAUUUGCUAGUCUUAGCAGUGGAGCAGCAGUUGAGAAACGAACCAGUGAUCCUAGCAACUUUACUGGAAUAGGUGGAGUAAGGUUGAUGAAUGGUAGUGAAGUGACAUUUAAGGUAGCUGUACCACAGAGAACUAUUCGAUAUGAUCUGUUAGUUCGUUAUGAGACAUCCCAUUUGUGGAAUGACGUAAAGAUUUCUGUUCAUCGAUCUGAGGAUGGUCAAAGUGUGGUAUCAAAGUAUUAUAAGUUGGGACCCGAGGAUGGUGAAACUGAGGCAUCGGGAUAUUAUACGUUGGAACUCAAUCUGUUGGUUGUACCAUUGGGAUCUCAGCUUGCUGAAUCUGAGUUACAUGUCAACAUCAUUGCCAACACUUACUUACUAGACGGGACAACAUUUAUUGACUCGGUCUUGCUGAUACCGGAAGAAGAGGACCUGCCUGAAUUUCAAGCAUUAAGUGCUCAUAACCAGAGUGUGUUUCUUGGUACUUGCUAUGACAUGAGGAAAAGUUUGUCAACAGCAUUUAAUUAUGCAAUUGACGAACAAUGUAGAAAGCAGACAAUUCUCAUCAAUGCUGCUCUCUUUAAUGGAACGCUUGAUUGUGGCUGUACUGUAACAGGAACAGUGAAUGAUAGCAAAGAAUGUUUAACGCUUGGUGGACAGUGUUUAUGUGCAUCUAAAAUCAUCACUCGAACGUGUUCAGCGUGUGAUUACACAUAUUUUGGAUUUGAUGGUGAUGGUUGCGAAGCUUGUGUGUGUGAUGUGAUUGGAUCAAAGUCAGUUCAAUGUAAUGAGACCGGGUACUGUGACUGCAAGGGCAAUGCAGCGGGACAAAGAUGUGAUGUAUGUAAACCAUCACAUUUCAACUUUAGUGUGGAGAACCCUGAUGUCUGUCAAGCUUGUUUGUGCAAUGAAUCUGGCUCUGAUCCAUCCGCUGGGGAGAGUUGCAAUGCUACAACAGGACAGUGCACGUGCAAAGAGAACGUAGAGGGUGUGAAAUGUACAAGUUGUAAGACAUCGUUUUUCAAUCUGCAAACAUCCAAUCCUACCGGCUGUGAAGCUUGCAAUUGCAAUUCCGAUGGAUCCACGGCGUUGUCAAAGGGGGCAUGUGAUGAUACCGGUCAGUGUGUUUGCAAAGAGGGUGUGACUGGUCUGAAGUGUUCUGUUUGUGAGGAUGGAUUGUAUAUGACGUCUUCUGAUGCUGGCAGUUGUCGUCCAUGUGGUUGUUCGCCGUCGUCUUCGGUUUCACUGACGUGUGAUAAGUCUUCAGGCCAAUGUCAUUGUAAAUCUGGUCUAACUGGACGUAUCUGUGACAUCAUUGAAGAUUUUCACUGGCUACCGUUUUUGGAAGGUCUCAUUUAUGAAGCAGAAUUUGCUAGUCUUAGCAGUGGAGCAGCAGUUGAGAAACGAACUAGUGAUCCCGGCAACUUUACUGGAAUAGGUGGAGUAAGGUUGAGGAAUGGUAGUGAAGUGACAUUUAAGGUAGCUGUACCACAGAGAACAAUUCGAUAUGAUCUGUUAGUUCGUUAUGAGACUUCGCAUGUGUGGAAUGAUCUAAGGAUUUCUGUUGAUCGAUCUGAGGAUGGUCAAAGUGUGGUAUCAGAGUAUUAUAAGUUGGGACCCGAGGAUGGUGAAACUGAGGCAUCGGGGUAUUAUACGUUGGAACCCAAUCUGUUGGUUAUACCAUUGGGAAUUCGGCUUGCUGGAUCUGAGUUACAUGUGAACAUCGUUGCCAACACUUCCUUACUUGACGGAACAACGUUUAUCGACUCGGUCUUGCUGAUGCCAGAAGAAGAGGACCUGCCGGAAUUUCAAGCAUUGGAUGCUCAUAACCAGAGUGUGUUUCUUGAUACUUGCUACGACGUGAGGAAGAGUGUGUUAACAGCAUUUAAUUAUACAAUCGACGAUCAAUGCAGAAAGCAGACGACCCUUAUCAAUGCUGCUCUCUUUAAUGGCACACUCGAUUGUGACUGUAACGUAACAGGAACAGUGAAUGAUAGCAAAGAAUGUUUAACACUUGGUGGACAGUGUUUAUGUGCAUCUAAAAUCAUCACUCGAACGUGUUCAGCGUGUGAUUACACAUAUUUUGGAUUUGAUGGUGAUGGUUGCGAAGCUUGUUUGUGCAAUGAAUCUGGCUCUGAUCCAUCCGCUGGGGAGAGUUGCAAUGCUACAACAGGACAGUGCACGUGUAAAGAGAACGUAGAGGGUGUGAAAUGUACAAGUUGUAAGACAUCAUUUUUCAAUCUGCAAUCAUCCAAUCCUACCGGCUGUGAAGGCUUUUUUCUAACUGGUGUAGCUUGCAAUUGCAAUUCCAAUGGAUCCACAGCAUUGUCAAAGGGGGCAUGUGAUGCUACUGGUCAGUGUGUUUGCAAAGAAGGUGUGACGGGUGUGAAGUGUUCUGUUUGUGAGGAUGGCUUCUACAUUUUGUUUCCUGAUGAUGCUAGCAGUUGUCAGUCGUGUGGUUGUUCUCUGUCAUCUUCAGUUUCAUGGACGUGUGAUAAGAUCUCAGGACAAUGUACUUGUAAAUCUGGUCUGACUGGACGAACUUGUGACAUCAUUGAAGACUUUCACUGGCUCCCCUUUUUGGAGGGUCUCAUUUACGAAGCAGAAUUUGCUGUUCUUAGUGCUGGAGCAACAGUUGAGAAACAAAUUGGGGAUUCUCGCAACUUCACCGGAAUAGGUGGAGUAAGAUUGAUGGAUGGUCAUCAAGUUACAUUUAAUGUAACUGUACCACAGAGAACGAUUCAGUAUGAUCUGGUAGUUCGUUAUCGGUCUGAUGUUUGGGGUGAAAUACUGCUGAAUGUGUAUCGAUCUGAGGAUGGUCAACUUGUGAUAUCAAAUUUCUAUUACGUGUAUUCAGAGAACGAUCUGUUGGUUGUAUCACUGGGAACUCGGCUUGCUGGAUCUGAGUUAUAUGUGAACAUUAUGGCCUCCAUGUACUUUUAUUAUGGUGAUGCAAUCUUUGUGGACUCGGUCUUGCUGAUGCCGAAAGCACAGGACCUGCCAGAAUAUCGAGCACUAGAUGCUCAUAACCAGAGUGUGUUUCUUGAUACUUGCUACGAUGUUAGAAAAAGUGUGUCAACGGCAUUUGGGUAUGCAAUUGAUGAACAAUGUAGAAAACAGACAAUCCUUAUCAAUGCUGCUCUCUUUAAUGGAACACUUGAUUGUGACUGUAACGUAACAGGAACAGUGAAUGAUAGCAAAGAAUGUUUAACACUUGGUGGACAGUGUUUAUGUGCAUCUAAUAUCAUCACUCGAACAUGUUCAGCGUGUGAUUACACAUAUUUUGGAUUUGAUGGUGAUGGUUGUGAAGCUUGUGUGUGUGAUGUGAUCGGAUCAAAGUCAGUCCAAUGCAAUGAGACCGGGUACUGUGACUGCAAGGGCAAUGCAGUGGGCCAAAGUUGUGAUGUAUGUAAACCAUCAUAUUUUAACUUUAGUGUGGAGAAUCCUGAUGUCUGUCAAGCUUGUUUGUGCAAUGAAUCUGGAUCUGAUGUAUCAGCUCGGGGGAGUUGCAAUGCUACAGCAGGACAGUGCAUGUGUAAAGAGAACGUAGAGGGUGUAAAAUGUACGAGUUGUAAGACAUCGUUUUUCAAUCUACAAUUAUCCAAUCCUACUGGCUGUGAAGCUUGCAAUUGCAGUUCCAAUGGAUCCACAGCGUUGUCAAUGGGGGCAUGUGAUGCUACUGGUCAGUGUGUUUGCAAAGAAGGUGUGACUGGUCUGAAGUGUUCUGUUUGUGAGGAUGGAUUGUAUAUGAUGCCUUCUGAUGAUGCUGGCAGUUGUCAUCCAUGUGGUUGUUCACUGUCAUCUUCGGUUUCACUGACAUGUGAUAAGUCUUCAGGCCAAUGUCAUUGUAAAUCUGGUCUAACUGGACGUACUUGUGACAUCAUUGAAGAUUUUCACUGGCUACCGUUUUUGGAGGGUCUCAUUUAUGAAGCAGAAUUUGCUAGUCUUAGCAGUGGAGCAACAGUCAAGAAACGCACUAGUGAUCCUGGCAACUUUACUGGAAUAGGUGGAGUAAGGUUGAUGAAUGGUAGUGAAGUGACAUUUAAGGUAGCUGUACCACAGAGAACAAUUCGAUAUGAUCUGUUAGUUCGUUAUGAGACUUCGCAUGUGUGGAAUGAUCUAAGGAUUUCUGUUCAUCGAUCUGAGGAUGGUCAAAGUGUGGUAUCAAAGUAUUAUAAGUUGGGACCGGAGGACGGUGAAACUGAGGCAUCGGGGUAUUAUACGUUGGAACCCAAUCUGUUGGUUGUACCAUUGGGAUCUCAGCUUGCUGAAUCUGAGUUACAUGUCAACAUCAUUGCCAACACUUACUUACUUGACGGAACAACGUUUAUUGACUCGGUCUUGCUGAUGCCAGAAGAAGAGGACCUGCCUGAAUUUCAAGCAUUAAGUGCUCAUAACCAGAGUGUGUUUCUUAGUAAUUGCUAUGACGUGAGGAAGAGUGUGUCAACAGCAUUUAAUUAUGCAAUUGACGAACAAUGUAGAAAGCAGACAAUUCUUAUCAAUGCUGCUCUCUUUAAUGGAACAGUUGAUUGUGACUGUACAGUAACAGGAACAGUGAAUAAUAGCAGAGAAUGUUUAACACUUGGUGGACAGUGUUUAUGUGCAUCUAAUAUCAUCACUCGAACAUGUUCAGCGUGUGAUUACACAUAUUUUGGAUUUGAUGGUGAUGGAUGUGAAGCUUGUGUGUGUGAUGUGAUUGGAUCAAUGUCAGUUCAAUGCAAUGAGAGUGGGUACUGUGACUGCAAGGGCAAUGCAGUGGGACAAAGAUGUGAUGUAUGUAAACCAUCGUAUUUUAACUUUAACUUGGAGAAUCCUGAUGUCUGUCAAGCUUGUUUGUGCAAUGAAUCUGGAUCUGCUCCAUCAGCUCGGGGGAGUUGCAAUGCUACAACAGGACAGUGCAUAUGUAAAGAGAACGUAGAGGGUGUGAAAUGUACAAGUUGUAAGACAUCAUUUUUCAAUCUACAAUUAUCCAGUCUUACUGGCUGUGAAACUUGCAAUUGCAAUUCCAAUGGAUGCACGGCGUUGUCAAAGGGGGCAUGUGAUGCUACUGGUCAGUGUAUUUGCAAAGAAGGUGUGACUGGUCUGAAGUGUUCUGUUUGUGAGGAUGGCUUCUACAUUUUGUUUCCUGAUGAUGCUAGCAGUUGUCAGUCGUGUGGUUGUUCUCUGUCAUCUUCAGUUUCAUUGACGUGUGAUAAGAUCUCAGGACAAUGUAUUUGUAAAUCUGGUUUGACUGGACGAACUUGUGACAUCAUUGAUGACUUUCACUGGCUCCCUUUUUUGGAGGGUCUUAUUUAUGAAGCAGAAUUUGCUGUUCUUAGUGCUGGAGCAACAGUUGAGAAACAAAUUAGGGAUUCUCGCAACUUCACCGGAAUAGGUGGAGUAAGAUUGAUGGAUGGUCAUCAAGUUUCAUUUAAUGUAACCGUACCACAGAGAACGAUUCGAUAUGAUCUGGUAGUUCGUUAUUAUUGGUCUUACUUUGAUGGUUGGUGUGAAAUACUGCUGAAUGUGUAUCGAUCUGAUGGUCAACGUGUGGUGUCACAUUUCUAUUAUCUGUCUCCAGAGAACGAUCUGUUGGUUAUACCACUGGGAACUCAGCUUGCUGGAUCUGAUUUAUAUGUGAACAUUAUGGCUUACCCGUACUUUUAUAGUGAAGCAAUCUUUGUGGACUCGGUCUUGCUGAUGCCGAAAGCACAGGACCUGCCAGAAUAUCAAGCACUAGAUUCUCAUAACCAGAGUGUGUUUCUUGCGACUUGCUACGAUGUUAGAAAAAGUGUGUCAACAGCAUUUAGUUAUGCAAUUGACGAACAAUGUAGAAAACAGACAAUCUUUAUCAAUGCUGCUCUCUUUAAUGGAACACUUGACUGUGACUGUAACGUAACAGGAACAGUGAAUGAUAGCAAAGAAUGUUUAACACUUGGUGGACAGUGUUUAUGUGCAUCUAAUAUCAUCACUCGAACAUGUUCAGUGUGUGAUUAUACAUAUUUUGGAUUUGAUGGUGAUGGUUGUGAAGCUUGUGUGUGUGAUGUGAUUGGAUCAAAGUCAGUCCAAUGCAAUGAGACUGGGUACUGUGACUGCAAGGGCAAUGCAGCGGGACAAAGAUGUGAUGUAUGUAAACCAUCAUAUUUUAACUUUAAUGUGGAGAACCCUGAUGUCUGUCAAGUUUGUUUGUGUAAUGAAACUGGAUCUGAUCAAUCGGCUGGAGGAAGUUGCGAUGCUACAACAGGACAGUGCAUGUGUAAAGAGAACGUAGAGGGUGUGAAAUGUACAAGCUGUAAGACAUCAUUUUUCAAUCUGCAAUUAUCCAAUCCUACUGGCUGUGAAGCUUGCAAUUGUAAUUCCAAUGGAUCCACAGCAUUGUCAAAGGGUGCAUGUGAUGCUACUGGUCAGUGUGUUUGCAAAGAAGGUGUAACUGGUCUGAAGUGUUCUGGUUGUGAGAUCACAGGCCGUCUAAUGAAGUUUUAG